AUGAGCAUGGAAAAUCUGACCAGAAACCCCACCGAAUUAAUCAAAAAUGCACAGAAUGAAUUGAAGAAUUUAGAAAUUGAGCUUCAAUAUGGCUAUCUGGGCAGAUAUGAGCAAGAUUUGAUCACCAAUAUCGAUCUCAAAAAUAUUCAUUUUACCUCAUCUGGUGACUUGGCGCUCAAUUCAAUACUAAAAUCCCUCGAAGACAAAGGCUAUUCCGUCUCUGGCUCAAUGAUCUCUUACUAUUCUUACGAAAAAGACAUAUAUGUCUUUGUAGGUCGCUAUCCUUUAUCACUCGAAUCCUCAAUCCCCAAAAACGACAUAAGGAGCCACUUGAUUAAGCUAAAGUGCAGAUAUAUAAAUACAGCCGACAAUCCUGCUGAAGAAGCAGGCAUUGAUGAUGAAGAUGCUUCAGAAAAAGGAGAUCAAGGAUCAAGGCGCACUAAAGAAAGAAAAAUUGGCUAUAUCAUUGAAAAAGUAGCGAGAUGGAGAAACCUUUAUAAUGGAACUAUUAAUGCAAAAGGGGAAACAGUCAGACUUACGCUGGAAGAAGCUGCUGUACAGGUUGGAAUUUCAAAAAAAUCUCUGGAUGAUUAUUUGCUUCAGCUCAGGUUUGGAAGGAAAUUUGGAUUUAAUUUUGAAGAGCAUAAAGGGGAUAAAGUAGGAUUAUUGAGGGCUUAUGUUAAAAAAUAUAAGCAGAUACAGUCAGAAUUAGCAAAAUUAGGGCCUGGAGAUCAGCUAUCGAAAGAGAACUUGGAUUUGUUGAAUCAAAAAGGAACGCUUGCUUGUAAAAGCCGGAAGUGUUGCGUGCCACCUCCAGGAGUUCUAAAAUUCAAUUAUCAGCAAGGCUCACAGAUUGAUAAUGAAUUUUUGAAGUUCAUGAACCAGUAA